AUGGCUCACCUAGAAGCCAGGCAUGAGGAUUAUAACGACGACGAGGAUGUGAACAAUCCUGACUCUCAGCUGAAGAAUUUGUCAGUCUCUGUGCAAAAAACUAAACAAAGGAACAAAGAACGGAAGAAUAGAAGAGCUCCUGARUCAGGAGUGAAGAGUGUCAAAAAAUCUGUGAGAUGCUCUGAGUGUGGUAAGAAGUGUGUCAACAACAGGUAUCUUAAGAGACACGUGUCCUGUCAUUCAGGAGACCAGACAGAACCAAAACUAUUCCAGUGUAAUGACUGUGAUAAGAAAUUUAAAAGAAAAAAUAUUCUAAAAGCUCACAUGAGAGUCCACACAGGAGACAAACAAUUUCCUUGUAAUGUUUGUGGACAAAGUUUUAGUCGAAAGUCAUAUUUAAACCAACACAUGAGAGUUCACACAGGAGACAAACCAUUUCCUUGUGAUGUUUGUGGACAUAGAUUUAGUCGAAAGUCACAUUUAAACUCACACAUGAUAGUCCACACAGGAGACAAACCAUUUCCUUGUGAUGUUUGUGGACAAAGAUUUAGAUGGAAAACAAAUUUGAAGUCACACAUGAGAGUCCACACAGGAGAAAAGCCAUUUCCUUGUGAUGUUUGUGGACAAAGAUUUAGCCUUAAAAUAAGUUUAAACUCACACAUGAGCGUCCACACAGGAGAAAAACCAUUUCCUUGUGAUGUUUGUGGACAAAGAUUUAACCAAAAGUCAAAUUUAAACAGACACAUGAGAAUCCACACAGGAGAAAAACCAUUUCCUUGUGAUGUUUGUGGACAAAGAUUUAACCAAAAGUCAUCUAUAAACUCACACAUGAGAAUCCACACAGGAGACAAACCAUUUCCUUGUGAUCUUUGUGGACAAAGAUUUAGCCGUAAAACAAUUUUAAACAAACACAUGAGAGUUCACACAGGAGACAAA